AUGUCUCAACACAGAGCUAUCAAUCUCCUUGUGCUUCUGUUCCCGGGGUUCAACACGCUCGACGCCAAUGGCCCAAUCGAGGUAUUCAGUAAAGCGAGUGUCCCUCCUGGCAGCGAGACAGGAAUCACCUACAAACUCACUGUCGCCGCUAAAGACGACUACAUCCAGGCAGGAGAAGGAGUGACCAUCCGGCGUGAUCUGUCCCUUCAAUGCGCCCUGGAGAAUAUUUCGGAUUAUCACAUCCUAAUUCAGCCCGGUGCUGGCUUAGAAGAAAUCGACUGUUAUAUCAACAAAGAUCCAGCUUUCCAAGAUCAUAAGACUAUCAUCCAGAAAUUCUUACAGUUGGGCCAGUCUUCAGAAAAUCCCCGGGUCUUGUUGACUAUUUGCACUGGUGCUUUGCUAGUGGGAUAUGUGGGAGGGUUUGAUGGCUUAGAGGCAACGACCCAUUUUGAGGGCCAAAAUUGUCUGAGAUCGUAUUGUAACGCUUACGCUGAGCAAUAUGGUGGGAAGGGAGCCACAAUUAUCCCGGAGCUCAAAUGCAGCGACGAUACCGAACCUGACAUAAUAUUUUGCGCGUACAAAAGCGCAAUGGAGAAACUCGUGAGAUGGGUCGAUGCGGGGUGCAAUGCCACUGGUGUGAGAGUUAUCAGUUCUGGAGGAAUCAGUUGUGGGCUCGAUGCGUCGUUGUUUGUGGUGAGUCAGAUAUCCGGUAUAGAACGGGCGCUUUUUGCGGCUAGGAUCAUGGAGUAUGCAUGGAGAUGGGCUUAG